CAUCGCGGACUUCACUAUUCCGAAAAUGUUGAAAAUUCACGCGCCACCUAACUUGAUAAAGCCUCUCCUUUCCUUUGACUUGUCCUUUUUAUCAUCUAUCUCUGCUACUCUUUCGCCACUCCAAUCCGCCAGACUCCACCGCUUUCGUCUUCGUCGGACUUCAAUUCGUGCAGUAGUCGCCAUGUCCAUCCCAAAAUUCGACUCCACUGGCCAGUCAAUGCCGGAGCACGUCGCCGGGAAUUGGUACUCGGUACCGGGCCUCCGACUCCGGGACCACCGAUUUAUGGUCCCUCUGGAUUAUAAAAAUCGGGAAGCUUCUUCUAAGAUAUCCAUUUUCGCUCGCGAAAUCGUUGCUGUUGGGAAAGAAGAGCAGCCAAUGCCAUAUCUUUCAUACCUUCAAGGAGGGCCUGGUUUUGAGUGCCCUAGACCAACUGAAGCCAGUGGGUGGAUACUUAAAGCAUGCGAAGAAUUUCGGGUUGUAUUAAUGGAUCAGCGAGGAACAGGUUUAUCAACCCCUUUGACUCCAUCAUCUAUGCAGCAAAUAAAGUCUGCCCAAAAACUGGCUGAUUACUUGACACAUUUUCGAGCUGACAGUAUCGUGAACGAUGCUGAAUUCAUCCGUGUUCGUCUUGUUCCCGAAGCUAGGCCUUGGACUGUUCUGGGUCAGAGUUAUGGUGGUUUUUGUGGUGUUACUUAUCUGAGUUUUGCACCCCAAGGUUUGAAACAAGUGCUUUUAACAGGAGGGAUACCUCCGAUUGGAGAUGGAUGUACUGCAGAUUCUGUUUAUAGAGCUUGCUUUGAGCAGAUUAUUCAUCAGAAUGAAAAAUACUAUAAGAGGUUCCCUCAAGAUAUUGAAAUUGUCCAAGAUAUUGUUACCUUUUUGGCAGAAUCCGAAGCAGGCGGGGUACCUCUUCCAUCUGGGGGAAUCUUAACCCCCAGGGGGCUGCAAUUUCUUGGUCUAUCUGGUUUAGGAUCCAGCGCUGGUUUUGAACGCUUGCAUUAUAUGUUUGAGAGGGCCUGGGAUCCAAUUUUAGUUCCUGGAGCACCAAAGCAAAUCAGUUCGUACUUUUUAAAUACAUACGAAAAUUGGGUGUCCUUUGAUACAAAUCCACUUUAUGCUAUUCUCCAUGAGUCAAUAUACUGUCAGGGUGCUUCUUCGCGGUGGUCUGCUCACAGAGUGAGGGCUGAUCACGAGAGCAAAUUUGAUGCAAUCAAGGCUGCAAAAGAAGGGCGUCCUGUGCUUUUUACAGGGGAGAUGAUAUUUCCAUGGAUGUUUGAUGAAGUUAAAGCUUUGAGGCCUUUCAAAGAGGCCACUCAAUUAUUGGCUGAGAAGGAAGAUUGGCCUCCACUGUAUGAUGGCACUGCAUUGAAAAAUAACAAGGUACCGGUAGCAGCUGCCGUAUACUAUGAGGAUAUGUAUGUUAACUUCAAGCUGGUCAAGGAAACAGCGUCUCAGAUAGCAGGAAUAAGGUUAUGGAUAACCAAUGAAUACAUGCAUUCCGGGCUUCGGGAUGGAGGUGGGCAAGUUUUUGAUCACUUGAUGGGGAUGCUAAACGGGAAGAAGCCUUUGUUCUGAAAUCAAAAUUAGGGUAUUGCCUGUGUACAUAAUGAGGAACCAAACUUUGUUCGGCACCAAGCUUGUAUUUGAUACGAUUGUUGAGUUUCUUUAUCAUAAUCAGCCGCACUGGAAGUGUCUUUGUCUUA